GCAACCGUAUAUGCUUUUAAAUUAAUUUGACACCCUUCCAAACGCACGCAAACCCUUCUUCUGUCUUGUUUUCUUUGAGUGCAUGGCAAUUUGGGGGUUUUCUUUGGAAUUAGGGCAUACGUUUUCGCUGAGUUGAUCCUCUCAAUCUGAAACAGUGGAGAAGAUGUAAUCCUAUCGAGAUUGUCGUUCGCGCACUCCUUGAUUGGUUGAUUGAUUGAUUAUUUGAUAGACAAGUGGUAACUGUAACUGUAAGAGUGUGCGGUGAGGAUAGGGUUUUGGCAUGAAGGGUGCGUUGGAUCGGACGAAGGUGGUGCUGCGUCACUUGCCGCCCUCUCUUUCUGAGGCCGCUCUUUUGGCCCAAAUUGAUGCCGCCUUCGCUGACCGCUACAACUGGUUUUCUUUCCGUCCUGGCAAAAUCAGCCAGAAGCAUAUAUCAUAUUCUAGAGCCUACAUUGACUUCAAGAGGCCAGAUGACGUUAUACUGUUUGCGGAGUUCUUUAAUGGACACGUCUUUGUGAAUGAAAAGGGAUCUCAGUUCAAAGUUAUUGUUGAAUAUGCUCCUUCCCAACGCGUUCCAAGACAGUGGUCUAAAAAGGAUGGUCGUGAUGGGACCAUAUAUAAAGAUUCUGAGUAUCUGGAGUUUCUUGAACUACUUUCCAAGCCUGUUGAGAAUCUUCCCAGCGCUGAGAUACAAUUGGAGAAGAGAGAAGCAGAACGAUCUGGUGCUGCAAAAGAUAUUCCUAUAAGUACACCACUGAUGGAUUUUGUGCGCCAGAAAAGAGCUGCCAAGGGACCUCGGAGGUCGUUAUCCAAUGGCAAAGUGAGUCGAAGAGGCACUUCAUCAAAUGGGAGUCCUAGUUCUGGCACAUCAAGACGAGGUUCCGGAAAGAAGAGGGUUUCUGCUACUUUGGUAUUGUGCACUUUUUGAAGAGGAAAGUUAAAUAUAGUUAAGUAUCUGCAUGAUUAUUAAAAUGGAACCGGCUUGGUAUCCUGUUAGGAAUAACCUCAAAACCACUUUAUAAAUAAAGCGGUCUUUAACUAGUAAGACCUGUCUUGAACCAGUGUUUCAGCAGAGUUGGCCAGUUUAGCAAUACUUAACUUGAAGGAUGUUCAUUUCCUGUUUUAGAACACCAGUAAUUUACAGUUAUUAGAGUACCUGGUGUGGUGCUUUACUUUCACUCCAUUGCCAUAUCCUUCCCUAGGCCCAGUACUGUUGUGGAAUAUAAUCAAACCAAAAUGGGCUUUACUUCUGCUGAGUGCAUGCCUCACAACACAAGCUUGUUAAUCUUGUAAAUACCUUUCAAUGUCAGUAAGAUGUUCAUACAUCAACACAGAUUAAGGGUAAAAUUAAGAGAGAUGACCUUAAAUCCACAAAUAUCCAUCGAAGAAUGAAUGGAAGGUUUUAGACUUGGGUUAUGUGUACAUGGGACAGCCUACUGAGACAGAACGACAUAUGCAACAGUUUUCUUUUACUUAAUAACUGUGAAGCAAUUAUAGAAACCACACUGUUUACUUCAUUCCUUACUGUCGUUUGUUUAAUCAGUGUCAGUACUGUUGGUUUGAAAAUGUAUUGGAAUUGUGGAUGGAUGACUAUUAGAAUCCAGCCAAAUGCAGAUAUAUAAAAUCCCUCGUAAUUUUUUAGGCCAGCUAAUAAAACCAUGUCUUUAUGUUAUUAUUAUUAUGAUGAUGCUAACAAUACCGAUGCAUAUUUUCUGGACAUAGUAUGUUGGUAUAACAUUGUUAAAAGUUACACUAAAAUUUAAAAAAUAUUAUUUAAAUAUUAAAUAUUAUACUACAAUUGGACCAUUAAACCUUGAACUGGUACCCUUAGAGCAUCUCUAACAAUAGAACUCGUUUUGGGCUCUUAAUACACUUUUUCUGGCUGCCUCACUGCCAUAUAAGAUUAAGAACUUCAGCUACUUUUUGCUCCAAUAGAAGAACCUA